AUGGGUCUUGGUGCUCACAAUGAAACCCAGAAGUCGGUCGAUACCACCGUUGCGCCGCAGUCCUUGACAGUCACCCAAGCCAACCGUCCUGGUCUCCAACGUUGCGAUGCUUCUCAGAAUACCCUCACGAGCGGGCAAGCGCCCAGCGUGUCGCCGGAUGACGAGCCAACGAACACAAAAGACUCGAGAAAGAUCAUAACGUUCAGCUCGAGUGACCCAGAAAAUCCUUACAACUGGCCGCGGAGGAAGAAGCUAUACAUUUUCUUCACAGGCAUGAUCACCGUAAUGAACAGCACCAUUUCCUCGUCGUUGCCGAGCGGAGCCAUCACUUUCAUAGCAAGGCAUUUCAACGUUACACAAGAGAUUCAGCUUCCGUUGCCAAUAUCCUGUUUUCUGGCCGGUUAUGUGGUAGGCCCAACGCUAUGUGGUCCCCUGUCCGAAAAUAAUGGUCGUCAACGAGUCAUCCUGUCAUUCUUCGUCUUGUCCACCAUAUUCAGCAUGGCCUGCGCCGUGGCACCGAACUGGCCUUGUUUGCUCUUCUUCCGCUUUGUGUGUGGGAUUGGAUUUUCUGGGCCAGUGGCAAUCACGGGAGGAUUAUAUGCUGACGUAUAUAACGACCCAAGGGAACGUGGCUUGGCGAUGGCGUGGUUCAUGGUUGCGACGACAUUCGGUCCCGUUGUAGCACCAGCCAUUUCAGGGUUCAUUGCGGAGAAUACUUCGUGGCGAUGGGUCUUUGCCGUGGGCACUCUAUUGGCCGUGGCAACACUACCCCUUGUUAUUUUCAUGCCAGAGACAUACACCCCAGUCCUGCUCAGCCGCAAAGCAGCAAGACUUCGCAAAGAAACAGGUGAUCCCGAGAUCGUUGCCAAGACAGAUCUUCAGAAGAAAACGUUGCGUCACGUCAUUACCGUUGUCAUGACUCGACCGUACCGCAUGCUUUUUCAAGAGGUCAUUGUCAUGUGCGUGGCAGCAUAUUGCUCUCUGGCGUACGCAAUCUUCUACCUGUACUUUGAAGCCUACCCUAUCAUUUUCCAGGGUCCGGACUCAGUAUACAAAUGGUCAUAUGGACUUGCCGGACUUGCGUUUCUUCCGAUUGCAUUUGGGUCUCUUCUCGCGGCACCACUCUAUCUCUGGUGGGACUCAUAUCUGGCCAAGGCUCAGAAGCGACAAGCCCCGUGGGCACAACAUGAGGAGUACAGACGGCUCCCACUGGCUUGCAUUGGAGGGCCACUCUACGUGGUCUCACUGUUCUGGAUUGGGUGGAGUGCCAAACCGGGCGUCUACUGGCUUGCACCUGUUGCCUCAGGGUUUAUCUUUGGGGCGGCAUUCCUCCUCAUUUUCAUGGCUUUGCUCAACUACCUCACUGAUGCCUACGAAACAUUUGCAGCCAGUGCACAGGGCAUCACCAGCACUAGUCGAAGCGUUUUUGGUGCAGUCUUGCCACUAGCUGCAAACUCCAUGUUCUCCCGCCUGGGCAUUGCAUGGGCGUGCAGUUUACUCGCUUUUCUGAGUCUGGGAAUGUGUCUUAUUCCCUUUGCGUUUAUCAAAUAUGGUGAUCGAAUCCGAGACAACAGCAAGUUUUGCAAGGAGUUGAAGGAACUCAAGGCUCGGGAGGCUGCAGAGAGUGAGGCCGAGGAGAGGGAGGAAAAGUUGAGGGUCGAGAACGGAGACGUGGCAAGGGAAGCGGACGACGAAAAGAUGCUUGACCAGGUAUGA